GGGCACCGAAAUGGGAGCGCAGACAAUCAGUCCGUUUGGACUCUAAAACCCUAACAAUUGGGUUUAAGCUCUGCAAUCCAAAUCCCUAAAACCCCACUCGGUGAAUUAAUCAACUCGGAUAAUGGUAAUUUCGAGCUUCGGAAUCGCUUGCCGGCCCCAUUUCUGCCUCCGUACUCCUCCGUUUCACUGCAUCGGCAAGGUGCAAUUGAACUUAGUCGCCGCCAUGGAAGCUCUUGAUGAACCGGGGUGCCUGUUUAAGGACAACAAAAGCAGUAAUUCUGCCAAUGGAAGAAAAAAUGUUAAGGCGCCGGUGUGGAAGAAGCUGAAUUCCAAAGAACUUGGCAUUACUACUUCAAUGAUCGACAAGCCUACCCGAAAAGUUCUUAAUGGGCUAAAGCGAAAGGGAUAUGAGGUAUACCUUGUAGGAGGUUGUGUAAGGGAUCUUAUAUUGAACCGUACGCCAAAGGACUUCGACAUAAUAACUAAAGGAUAUGUAUGAAGGAGCAAAGACUGCCGUAAGAACUCAUG